AUGGCCCGCACAGCAGCAACGACCACCCGCACGGGCAAGAAGCCCUCCCUCCUCUCCCGCCUCCGCAACAAGAAGCAAGCCAAAGUCACCACCUCACAAUCCACCAACCCCAUCACCGGCACCACGACCACGACCCAAACGACCAAGACGCACCCCAAGGGCUACGGACACCGCGGUCACGGCGGAGAGGGCCCCAUGGCGAGCAACCACGAGACGCAUUACACGGGCUCGGGUGCGCCUCACCGACACCAGAGGAGGAAGCCUAGCAUGGGCGACAAAAUGUCCGGCGCUAUGAUGAAGCUUCGCGGCUCGCUUACUCGUCGUCCUGGCAAGAAGGCUGCGGGUACCAGGAGGAUGCAUGGCACUGAUGGUCGUGGUGGUCACCACACCGCCACUGUCGCAUAA